CACACACACACGUACACACACACGCACACACACUGAGGGUGACUUGUAUAGGCAGCCAGAGAGAGAGAGAGGAGAGGAGAGAGAGGAGCGCUCUCAGAAACAGAAAGGUACACAGAGAAGAGAGUGGACGACAGAAAGUAAGAGAAGGAGAAAGAGGACGGUGGCUCCUGAGCAUCUCCUGCGCACCUUUUCAUUCCUGCACGCUCACGGAUCUUAAAAAGUCUACACUUUAUCUUCCUCGUGUUUGCUCCAGAGAGAGAUUACAACUUCUGUAAAGAGGCUUUUGUUGUUUCUUUUUUCUUUCUAAAUUUUUUUUGGAGUUGAGAGAGACGCGAUUCCUGGAAGACUUUUCGUUCAUUUUUUCCCCCCCAAACCAAGUCUUUCCAUCCCUCGAGAAGUUUUAAAAAGUAAAGCCCUUGUUAGUUCCAGGGCUCGGCUUCACUUUUUCCACGUGUCCCACGGUGUCCCAGCUCCUGACAUAAACGUGUCACCUUGAGAUUUUUUUGCUUGCCUUCAAGUCUCAGACUCUAAAAGAAAAAAAAACAACAACUUCAUUUUAUGUCACUGACCCACAAACGAGACCAAAGAUGAGAUUUCAAACAUCAGGACAGUCCCCAGUCUUGUGUGGUUGUUGUUCGAAAUGCUUAAAUCAUUAAAACAAAGUGCGUUUUAAUGGUUUUAUUUUUCCACUCUACAAGCUGAGGUGUGAUAGUGAAGAUACGGGGAGCCGGGCAGCGCUGCUCACCUGUAGCAUCUCCUCCGCUCAGCCGACACUUUGAUUUGCACUUUUUACGCACAUGAAACGCCACUUUGUGACUAUUUGAAGAAAGAGAUCACAUCUAUCUGACAGAAAGAACCGCACUCCACACAGUUCAUUCAUUCUGAAGACACAGCCGCCACGGCUUUGGAGUGCGUAAAGGAGCAUUGCGCUUUUACGCAAAAAAAACUUGAAACUCCAACUUUAAAACCACCACAGGGAUCCAGAGCUGCUCGUUUUUGUCACAAAUACUAAGUUUAAAGAAACUUCCAGCAGCUUUUUCAGAGGCGUCCAGAGCUCCAGAGAGACCGCCGGGCUCUCCAUCACCAUGCUGUUCGACACUUUCGACCUCGUCUCGGCUCUGGCCACACUGGCCGCCUGCCUGGUGUCCAUGGCCCUGCUCCUCGCCGUCUCCCAGCAGCUGUGGCAGCUCCGGUGGACGGCCACGCGGGAUAAAAACUGCAAGCUGCCCAUGCCCAAAGGAUCCAUGGGCUUCCCCUUCAUCGGCGAGACCUGCCACUGGCUCCUGCAGGGUUCGGGCUUCCACGCGUCGCGGAGGCAGAAGUACGGCAACGUGUUCAAGACCCACCUUCUGGGCCGCCCUCUGAUCCGAGUGACGGGCGCCGAAAACGUGCGCAAGGUGCUGAUGGGCGAGCACACGCUGGUGACGGUAGACUGGCCCCAGAGCACUUCAACGCUGCUGGGACCCAACUCACUGGCCAACAGCAUCGGAGACAUCCACCGCAAGAGGAGGAAGGUGUUUGCCAAAGUGUUCAGCCAUGAGGCCUUGGAGUCCUACCUCCCGAAAAUCCAGCAGGUCAUCCAGGAGAGUCUCAGAGUAUGGAGCUCCAACCCUGAGCCCAUCAACGUCUACAGGGAGAGCCAGAGGUUGUCGUUUACCAUGGCGGUGAGGGUGCUGCUGGGAUUCAGGGUGUCAGAAGAGGAGAUGAGGCAUCUGUUCGCAACCUUCCAGGACUUUGUUGACAACCUGUUCAGCCUGCCUAUAGACCUGCCGUUUAGCGGCUACAGGAAGGGUAUCCGUGCAAGAGACACCCUGCAGAAAAGUAUAGAGAAGGCCAUCAGAGAGAAGCCGCUGUGCUCCCAGGGGAAGGAUUACAGCGACGCGCUGGACGUCCUGAUGGAGAGCGCCAAAGAGAACGGCACCGAGCUCACCAUGCAGGAACUCAAGGAAUCAACCAUCGAGCUGAUCUUUGCUGCCUUCGCCACCACAGCCAGCGCCAGCACCUCACUCAUCAUGCAGCUCCUCCGCCACCCUCCCGUCCUGGAGCGCCUGAGGGAGGAGCUCAGAGCCAGGGGUCUGCUCCACAAUGGCUGCCUCUGCCCUGAAGGAGAACUGAGGCUGGACACCAUCGUGAGCCUCAAGUACCUGGAUUGUGUCAUCAAGGAGGUGCUGAGACUCUUCACACCUGUCUCAGGGGCCUACCGAACCGCCAUGCAGACCUUCGAACUUGAUGGUGUCCAGAUUCCAAAGGGCUGGAGUGUGAUGUACAGCAUCCGAGACACCCACGACACCGCAGCUGUGUUCAAGGAUGUGGACGCCUUCGACCCUGACCGCUUCAGCCAGGAGCGGGGAGAAGACAAAGAAGGACGCUUCCACUACCUUCCCUUUGGCGGCGGUGUCCGGUCCUGCCUGGGCAAGCAGCUCGCCACUCUCUUCCUUCGCAUCCUGGCUAUUGAGCUUGCCUGCACCAGCCGUUUCGAGCUGGCCACCCGGCAGUUCCCCCGCGUGGUCACGGUACCCGUGGUUCACCCUGUCGAUGGGCUGAAGGUCAAGUUCUACGGCUUGGACUCCAACCAGAACGAGAUCAUGGCCAAGACGGAAGAGCUGCUGGGAGCGACUGUUUGAAGGCCACAGGGUUGACGAGUAGGUGGGCGGGGGGGGUGAGUGAUCGAAGAAGUCUUUAGGGAGAAGAUUGAAGGAAGGAAAGAAAGAAUUUCAGAGUUAUUUUUUCUUCUCCACCUUUGCUCUGCCAAGUUGGAGGUUCCUUUUCAGACUAAAAGAAAAGCAGAAGUCUUCGUCUCUUGUUACAUCUGAUGAUGAUCGGGACUUUCCUCUGAGAAAGGAAGAAGCUGCCAAAAAAAGUUCUUAAUUAUGCUCUAUUCUGUGUAUUUUUUUAAAGAAAUAUACAAACAAAAUGUAUGUACAAAAAAGCUAUGUAAUAUAAUUUGAAAGAGAAUGUGGGUAGUGCACAAUGGGAGAAAGCAAAGUAUGGUGGUACUUAGGUGAAAUGAAGUGUUGAUAUUAGAAAAGUAAAGAUGGUUGUGUAAGGAAGGUGAGAUGGAUGAAACAGGGUAUAGGAUGAAAGAAUAUGAUAUUUUAGCAUUUUGCUUGUGCUUAAUCAAAUGCAGUGAACCAUUUCAGUUGUCUAGCAGGGUAAAAGACAUGGAUAUAUAGAGUGAUAGUCCUAGAUUUUCUGGUCAAAUUUGGUAAAUCUUGAACGAGAAUUCUUCACGGCGCCACUCGGAUUCAAUUUAUGCUUUCUACUUGUUUGAAAGAAGAUUUGAAAGAAUGGCAUACAUCAGUGGUGGCGUUGUGUUUACCAUCAACGGUCCAUCGAGAUUCAUUUGUUUGCUAGCUUCCAGAUGCAGUCAAAAGGAUCAUAGCACAUUGGAUAGCAUGCUGUGGCACAGACAGUGUUACUGAGUUUGUCAGAUUGGCUCUGCACCAUUUCUUCGAGCCAACUGUAUCAUGAUGCAGUAAAAUUUGACCUCCUUUCCUGUUUUCUUUCCCACAAAGCUGCCUCUACACUCACAGAUUUUUAACUCAACAGCUUCCAUAUUGCUUUCAUUCAUAAAGUACAGUAUAAUAAGCUUCACUUCACAGACAACCAACAUUACAAAAAUAAACAAUAGAAAAGACAAAAGGUUAAGAACCGGAAAGCUUUUAUUCAAGUGAUCUUGGUGCUUGAGUAAAAGAAACUGCAAGGAAAAAGAUAUAGAAGCUAUGUCAUACUGCCAUCUUGUUGUCUUUAUCUCAAGCGAAAUCGCAUUCUUCUCAAGUCUCUGCUACCAACUGGUUGCCCAAAAGCAUUGACUCAAAAUACUGCCCAUAGCACAUCACAGUAACCUUGCUGAUGUGUGAACUCAGGUGCAGAGUAGACAUUGUGGUGAGUAAUAGUUCAGCCUUUGCUUUUUGAUAUUUAACUCCGACUGACUGCACAUAAAUAAUGUCAUGUCCUCACAGUUGUAGUUUCAGAGUUGGACCAUUUACUUUUUGAAAAGUUAUCAAUUACUGCGCCUUCUUUCAUGAAAACAAAAAGAUAGAAGGUGUUUCCGGUAGCUCUGGCUCUCACUUGACACAUUACCUUCUGCAACCAUUUUGUAUCCCCCCCAUGGUACAAAAGGUUCCCAAUUGGCAUCCCAUAAGAUAAAAGUCACUGAAUCAAAGUCAAUAAGUAAUAAGGUCCGGGUCUGCUUUGUAAACUCUUUGAACCUGUGCUUUGAUACAUAAACUACACUUUUAAGUUGCAUUGAGAUUGUACUCUCUUAGACGGUGACGUUAUCCCGCAAUGAGGAUACGAUAACGAACUUGCUUGCAUGAAGCGGCGAGACUUCCUGAGCUGGAAGAAGAGAAAAGACAGAGGGAUAAGGUGGAGAUGGAGAGGAGAAGACCUACAUAAAUGCUGCUUGAGUGUUGCUCUGUCAUUCUGUGUUUUGUUAUUUUUGUGUGCUGUUGUUAUUAUCCCGUCUCCUUGGGGCAGCCAUUUUGAGUUGUGUGGAGAAGGUGACAAUUUGUCUUGCUGCUCCUCCAAUCAACGCUAAGAAUGCAAAACAAUUUAAAUUCCAUGGUUUAAGCAACUUUAUGAGCUAUAAGAGAUUUAUUGUAUGAGGUGAUUGCACAAUCAGAACUCUGAGAGCUUUGUGUGUUCCAUAAUCGGAGAGGAAGACGUCCUUCUUGUCUCCCAUAUAUGGAAAGCAUCUGCGAUCGAACUCUGGGACUCGUUAGCGGAACUCUUGGACAUUCGAGAAUCCCUGGAAAGAGUUCUAAGUUCCGAACUGAAGCUUGAGAGAGAAGGACCAAUGAGGUUUCAGGGGAGGGCAGAGUCACAGUCAGAGGGCUUUUCUUAUUGGAUGAUCCAGUUGUCCAAUAGCAUUCCAGAUGGAUUCUGCCUGUGCUAGACAUUGUUCACUCUUUCUACCAACCACACCACUGAUUUCUUCAUGAUUAAAAAAAAAAUAUAUAUAUAUAUAUAUAAAAAUAGAUUUUUUUGCUGCUUUUCUUGUGUACAUUUUCUAAUUGAGAGUUCUAGAUUGCAAUAGUUUGUAUCAAGUGAGAUUUGCUACAUCUUUCCCCUAUAUAUAUAUAUAUACAUAUAUAUAUAUAUAUAUAUAUAUAUAUAUAUAUGAUUUGCAUUUUGUGAAAGCAAAAAGCAUUAAUAGAUUGUAGUGUAUAUUAAUUUGUACAAUAUCCCUUUCUUUAGCAAGCCAUGGGGAAAAUCAGCUAUUUACGUCUACUAAUAACCUAAUAUUAAUGUUAUUGUACGAUUAAUAUUGUUGUUAUAAGAUAUUUGAAAUGCUAUUUUUUAUUCUAUUACAGAUUUAGAGUUUUUAGCCUAAAUGAGAAGGUCUUUGGUAAAUAUUGGAUGUAUUUAGAAUGUUAUGUAUUUCAGUUAUAUUGUAAACAGUGUUUAAAAAUGUUAAUAUUGUUGAUUUGAUUACUGUAAUAAUUAUUAUUUGUUUUGUUAUUCAGACUUAUUAUCACUGCAUUUUAUUUGAUAUUAAUUAUGGAAAACAGAAAGCACUUGCGAGGUAUGUCUAUUUUUUAAGUGCCAUGCGACUACACUUCCCCUCCCUCUCACCUGUUGGUUUCUCUGAACCUGUCUUAUGUCAUUCUGUACAUAAUAUUUGUAUUUCUUUUUACAGGAAAAAAAUGUUCAUUUAGUUUAAAUAUGAAUGUCUUGUUCUACUUUCUUCCUUUCCUUUUUUGUUACCGUGAUUGUUAAAUGUACUCCUGUAAUAAACUAUAAA